ACCAGACUCAGAGAUAGUUUUUUUUCCCAUGGCCAUCUGCGUUCUCAACACUGAACAGCACCAAUUGUUCAUGAUGCUGCUAUGUAGCGACUUUUGCACAAUAAUUUAUUCUUUGUCUUUAAUUUAGUAGUAUGUUUAAGUUGUGUGUUAUUUUACUGUCUUGUGUUUUAUGGUACCACAGAGUAGCUUUCCAAUUUCGUUGUUUGCUUGGCUUGCAAUGAAAACAAAGGAAUUGAAUCUAAUAUUAUUAGAAUAGCUGAAUGAAUUGAGCAGUUAACUGAUAUUUAUGGUAUACAAGUAGGUUUAAUAUUUCUUGACAAGCUUUUAUAUACAUAAGAACAAAUGACAAUGUAAAAUAUCCACACAGAUUAGUAUCCAAGAAAUAAACUGAAAAAUAAUUUAACAAAGACUACAUUUUCAAUAGAAUGACGGUAUGUAGUUAAAUUGUUGUUGUGGUCCUUUUGCUUUCAUUCACAACCCUUUGCCAAAGCAGGUUAUUUUAGCUGCAUUAGUUAAACAGCUUUGACCUCCUUCCUACAAGGGCUUAGGGCGUCGCUUGUUCUUUCAUUAGCCUUGACCAACAUGCUCUCUGUGUGGCAUUUCACCACAACUCCUCAAAUGUGCCACCUUCUGACCACUUCUGAGCCUUAUAAUGGGCAGCGUAUCCUGCUUGAGCCUAGCAAGUGUCAUUCUACAGGGGCCUCUCGAAACUACGUGCUGCUGCUCUACUGUUUAACAAGCCUUGUCUUCCUUUCUGCUGUCUCACCUUUUGCUUGUGCAGGCUUUAUUUGCUCCUCUGUCUCCCAGACCUGAGGAGACAUCCUUUGGGACAUCUGUCCUUCUGUUUCGUUCCUGCUAAGAACAUCAUACGAGUACACCAGCGGAUUCUGGCGGUCUCCAAAAACCCGUGCCCUCUGAAGAGAGCCCCUCACAAUCCGUGCGCCAAUGUCGUAAGGGUCGUCCAGUUUCUGCUCCAGCCGCCAUCAUUCUGUGCUGUAAGGCUGACUGCAGAAUGUCUUCCAAUGGAGACCUCGCUGACCUUGGGAGCAGCGACAGCUUCUGGGAGCCGGGAAACUACAAAAGGACCGUGAAGCGGGUAGAUGAUGGCCACCGACUGUGUAAUGAGUUGGUCAGCUGUUUCCAGGAGCGGGCCAAGAUUGAGAAGAGCUAUGCUACUCAGCUGAGUGAUUGGGCCAAGAGGUGGAGAGGUGUGGUUGAGAAAGGGCCUCAAUAUGGUACACUGGAAAAGGCAUGGCAUGCGUUCAUGCAGGCAGCCGAUCGGCUCAGUGAGCUGCAUCAGGAACUCCGGGACCGGCUAGUGGCAGAAGACAGCGAGAAGGUCAGAAAUUGGCAGAAAGAAGUCUUCCACAAGCAGAUGAUUGGAGGUUUCAGGGAGACAAAAGAGGCUGACGAUGGCUUUCGCAAAGCUCAGAAGCCGUGGGUCCGCAAGUUAAAAGAGCUGGACACAAGUAAGAAGAGCUACCAUCAGGCACGGAAGGAGGAGUGGUCAGCCAUUAACAGGGAAACGCAUGCUAAGGCGGAUCCAUCCAAGUCCCAAGAAGAAGUCCGCAAAUAUACGGCCCGUGCGGAGCGCUGCAACCAAGAGGCUGAAAAAGCUAAAGAGCGUUAUGAAAAGACCCUGGAAGAGCUGAACCGCUGUAACCCUCGCUACAUGGAAGACAUGGAGCAGGUUUUUGACCUCACUCAGGAAGCUGAGCGCAAGAGACUGUGCUUCUUUAAAGAGGUCCUGCUGGAGAUCCAUUCACACCUCGACCUGUCCAGCAAAGAAGGGUUCCGAGAGCUGUACCAGGACUUGGGUCAGAGCAUUCGAGCAGCAAAUGAGACAGAAGAUCUUCGAUGGUGGAGAAACACCCACGGACCAGGCAUGAGCAUGAACUGGCCACAGUUUGAGGAGUGGACACCAGACACAAUCCGGACCAUCAGCAGGAAGGAGCGAUCUAGACACUCAGAGGACAACGUAGUCACCCUUACCAACAUAGUAUCCUCCGGAGAAAAUGACAUCCCUCCUAGUCCCACCACCCAGAAGGCUAACAGGGUUGUAAAAGAUGAUUCUUCAGACUGGUCAGAAGAGGAGAACCCAAAGAAACUGGCCGUGAACGGUGUCGGCGAAACGGGGGACAAAGAGGAGCAGGUAGAGGGCGUGCGAGUCCUAGCGCUCUAUGAUUACUCGGGCCAGGAGGCUGACGAGCUCAGCUUCAAAGCAGGUGACGAGCUGCUAAAGCUGGGAGAGGAAGACGAGCAGGGCUGGUGUAAAGGACAGCUGGUCAGUGGCCGGGUGGGCCUCUAUCCCGCCAACUAUGUCCAGCUGGGUGCUUCCUGAUGACCCGACCUUUUAUGUUCACACGGCCGAUGGUACCAAUCCGAAAACUAUCAGUGUUGUCAUUGAGGCACACCCUGACAAUUCUGGAUUCAUGUCUAAACUCAUCAAAGAGUUUGGACAUUUUUUCUACUUCACCUUUCAGAAAGACUGUCUUAAGUUUCAAACAUGGAAAGAAGCAAUUUUCAACUUGGAUUUCCCUGUGCAGAGUUAUUUUGCGAUUCAAUAACUAAAGAAGAAAUCCCUCAAAUCGAGGGAACGGAGUAGGGUAUAAACUCAGCCACAAGUUACACCUGUCAUCAUACUUUGACAUAUUGGUAGAAUGUCGUUUUACAUCUAGGAAACAUCUCCUAGCCGGGGGCCAAGCUAAGAUAACUUGCAGCAACAUGAGUCCCAUCCCUUUUAUGAAAUGCAGUAGUAAUCAGAAAUGGUUUUAGUUAAUACAAACCAAAAAGUGAUAUUGAAAACCAAAGUAGUAUUUUAGGUGAAGUUUUUGAGUUUCGCUAUAGUCUGCUUUACUUUCUUUGUUAGAUCACCGCUGCCCUGUUUGCGAUGACAUCAUUUGCUGUGUGCUAUCAUGUUCCUGUAAUCCCAACAGGUUUUUCCAAAAACGUGUCAUGUUUGCUCUGGGGAACAGUUUGGGACAUAAAUUCAAGUCAAUCUGACUGCCACUGUCCUCUCACCUCAUGUUUUUGUUAAGCUCCCCUGGUUUUAGGUUCAAUGUGACACUGCAUUCACUUCACCUUUUUAUGUGAUAGCUGCAUGUCGUAUCAGCUGAUUUGUGCUCUGAAUAUGAAGCUGGUAUUUUUAUUUUUUUAUAUCGGUUAUGGUUUCCUUAACUGUGUUGGGGACUAGUCUUCGUUUAAGUGUCAAAAGGUGGUACGGUGCAAGUUUGAGUGCAGAGGAUGCACCUGUGUUCAACGUUUCCAUGAACUAUUUUGGGUUUGGGAUUUUUCUGACUAAAGUUUAUUGACAUUUCUAGAGGGAGCCUCUGCUUUACAUUAACCAAAUAGCUAAAACCUUUCUAGCAACACUUUAAAUGCUCUGCGUCCAUCUUUUUUUCCCCUGGUGUGUAAUCGGAACAGUGCAUCAAGUUGUGAAAAGCAACAAUAAACCUCUUCCUACACAUUUCAA